AGUAGCAAUUAGCUUUAAAAAAAGCAAAUGAGCAUCCCGGCCCGGCCCGACACUACCCUAGGAGAGUUUUUUUGUACUGCCAGAAUAUCCACACACUGCCUACAAAGAUAUUGCCUUUGUCAGCUGGCUGCUCCUCUUGUAAGUGUAAGACCACUCUCUUAAACCCUUAGAGCAUUCCGCAGUAACCCCUUUUCCCUUCCCAGAAAUCUGGAAAAAUUAGAAAACCGAGGAUUGAAUCAAUCCUUUUCUUUGUAUAGACCGAGGAAUAUGAGAUUUUUUUGAAGAAUCCAUCCUUUUUUUUUGUCUCUCGCACUUAUAUAGAUACAUUUUUGUUUGAAAAUUGAAGAUUUUAUUGUGUGGGCCUUGGAGUCAGAUACGUUGAGAGAUGGGUUACUGUAUGCACCACUGUGAUAAUGUCAUAUCUAAACUUGUUUCUUCAUCGUCACCUUCAUAUGUUCUCAACCCCACCAAGAAUUACUUCUCAAAAUCGGGUCUUUUUAAUUUGUAUUUCAAUCCCAAGAAGUCUGCUGAGAGGAGAUGUGCAUCGAAUUUGAGUUUUCAAUCUCGUCCCUUGGUUUUGCGCUCUGCGAAAUCUAAUAGAUUGAGGGUGAGUUGUAUUAGACAGGAACAGGUGGUUGGUAGUGAUGGCAAUGGGGCUGUCAAUGGGGGGCCUUUUGGUGGGCAAAAGUUGGGUAAAAGGACUGACAUUAAGAAGAUUCUGAUUUUAGGGGCGGGGCCAAUUGUUAUUGGGCAGGCUUGUGAGUUUGAUUAUUCCGGAACUCAGGCUUGUAAGGCACUUAGGGAAGAGGGUUAUGAGGUGAUUCUUAUUAACUCGAAUCCUGCUACAAUCAUGACUGAUCCAGAGACGGCAAACAGAACUUAUAUCGAGCCAAUGACGCCGGAACUAGUAGAGCAAGUUUUGGAGAAGGAGAGGCCUGAUGCUUUGUUGCCUACAAUGGGAGGGCAGACAGCCCUUAACCUUGCUGUGGCUUUGGCUGAACGUGGAGUGCUUGAGAAGUAUGGGGUUGAGUUGAUUGGCGCAAAGCUGGAAGCAAUCAAGAAGGCUGAAGACAGAGAGCUGUUUAAGCAAGCAAUGAAGAACAUUGGCCUCAAGACCCCUCCAUCUGGUAUUGGGACAACUCUCGAGGAGUGUUUUGAAAUUGCUAAUUCGAUUGGGGAGUUUCCGUUGAUCAUUCGACCAGCUUUCACUUUGGGUGGAACCGGAGGUGGUAUUGCCUAUAACAGGGAGGAGUUUGAGGCGAUAUGUAAGUCAGGUCUUGCAGCUAGCUUGACUUCUCAGGUUUUAGUGGAGAAGUCUCUGUUGGGUUGGAAAGAGUAUGAACUCGAGGUUAUGCGAGACUUGGCCGACAAUGUGGUUAUCAUUUGUUCGAUUGAGAAUAUCGACCCUAUGGGAGUUCAUACUGGAGAUUCUAUCACUGUUGCUCCUGCUCAGACCUUGACGGAUAAGGAGUACCAGAGGCUUAGGGAUUAUUCCAUUGCUAUAAUCAGGGAGAUUGGAGUUGAAUGUGGUGGUUCAAAUGUUCAGUUUGCCGUCAAUCCAGUUGAUGGAGAGGUAAUGGUGAUUGAGAUGAAUCCUAGAGUUUCGAGAUCUUCAGCUUUGGCUUCCAAAGCAACCGGUUUCCCCAUUGCAAAGAUGGCUGCGAAAUUAUCAGUUGGCUACUCAUUGGAUCAAAUUCCUAAUGACAUUACAAAGAAAACGCCAGCUAGUUUUGAACCUUCUAUUGAUUAUGUGGUAACCAAGAUACCCCGGUUCGCAUUUGAAAAAUUCCCAGGAUCUGAGCCUAUUCUGACUACACAAAUGAAGUCUGUUGGUGAGUCCAUGGCUGUUGGACGCACGUUCCAGGAAUCCUUUCAGAAGGCGGUGCGAUCACUGGAGUGUGGCUACUCUGGUUGGGGUUGUGCGCAGAUAAAGGAACUGGAUUGGGAUUGGGACCGCCUAAAGUAUAGCCUAAGAGUCCCUAAUCCAGAGCGCAUCCAUUCCAUUUAUGCAGCAAUGAAGAGGGGAUUGAAGGUAGAUGACAUCCAUGAGCUAAGUUUCAUUGACAAGUGGUUUCUGACUCAGUUGAAAGAGCUUGUAGACGUUGAACAAUUCCUUUUGUCUCAGAAGUUGUCUGAUAUGACAAAGGAUGACCUGUAUGAAGUGAAAAAGAGAGGUUUUAGUGACAAACAGAUAGCAUUUGCCACAAAAUCCACAGAGAAAGAAGUACGUUUAAAACGGUUAUCUCUGGGUGUUAAACCAGCAUAUAAACGAGUUGAUACAUGUGCUGCAGAAUUCGAGGCAAACACUCCUUACAUGUAUUCAUCGUAUGACUUUGAGUGUGAGUCAGCCCCUACCCAGAGUAAAAAGGUUUUGAUUUUAGGUGGUGGACCAAAUCGAAUUGGUCAAGGAAUUGAAUUUGAUUAUUGUUGCUGCCACACAUCUUUUGCCCUCCAGGAUGCAGGCUAUGAAACAAUCAUGAUGAAUUCUAAUCCUGAAACUGUAUCUACUGAUUAUGACACAAGUGAUCGUCUCUAUUUUGAGCCAUUAACAGUUGAAGAUGUUCUCAAUGUAAUAGACUUAGAAGGGCCCGAUGGGAUAAUUGUGCAGUUUGGAGGUCAAACCCCAUUGAAACUGGCUCUUCCAAUUCAACAAUAUCUAGACGAGUACAGGCCAAAAUGCCAAAGUGGAGGUGGAUAUGUUUGUAUUUGGGGUACAUCACCGGAUUCUAUUGAUGCUGCUGAGGACAGGGAGAGAUUUAAUGCCAUUAUUGAGGAGCUGCAGAUUGAGCAACCAAAAGGUGGCAUUGCCAAAAGCGAACAAGAUGCUCUUGCUAUUGCAGCAGAUAUAGGAUACCCUGUGGUUGUCAGGCCUUCGUAUGUAUUGGGGGGACGUGCAAUGGAGAUUGUUUACAGUGAUGACAAACUUGUGAGAUACCUCGAGACUGCUGUUCAGGUGGAUCCAGAGCGCCCUGUUUUAAUUGACAAAUAUCUGUCUGACGCUAUAGAAAUUGAUGUGGAUGCACUUGCUGAUUCGCAUGGUAAUGUUGUAAUUGGGGGUAUAAUGGAGCACAUUGAGGAAGCAGGUGUCCACUCUGGUGAUUCAGCUUGCAUGCUUCCCACAAAAACUGUUUCUCCAUCGUGCCUGAACACUAUUAGGUCCUGGACUACAAAAUUGGCUAAGAGGUUGAAGGUUUGCGGGCUCAUGAAUUGCCAAUAUGCCAUUACCGCUAAUGGGGAUGUCUUCUUGCUUGAGGCAAAUCCACGUGCAUCUCGAACUGUUCCAUUUGUGUCUAAGGCAAUUGGGCAUCCAUUGGCUAAAUAUGCUUCUCUUGUCAUGUCGGGGAAGUCCCUUCAUGAAUUGCAAUUCACCAUUGAAGUUAUACCGAGUCAUGUUUCUGUUAAAGAGGCUGUCCUCCCUUUUGAGAAAUUUCAAGGCUGUGAUGUGCUUCUGGGUCCUGAAAUGCGUAGUACUGGAGAGGUAAUGGGAAUACACACGGAGUCUUCAAUUGCAUUUGCGAAGGCACAAAUAGCGGCUGGACAGAAGCUCCCUACUUCUGGCACCUUGUUUCUCAGUUUAAAUGACAUGACAAAACCACAAAUUCCAACAAUCGCCCGAUCCUUCCUUGCACUUGGGUUCAAUAUUAUCGCGACUUCUGGAACAGCACAUGUUCUCGAGUUAGAAGGUCUUCCGGUGGAGCGUGUAUUAAAGAUGCAUGAAGGUAGACCUCAUGCAGCUGAUAUGAUUGCCAAUGGGCAGAUUCAGUUGAUCGUCAUCACAAGUUCCGGUGAUGACCUUGAUCAGAUUGAUGGACGAAAGUUGAGGAGAAUGGCUCUUGCUUACAAAGUUCCUACGAUUACAACAGUCGCUGGUGCUUUGGCCACUGCCGAAGCAAUCAAGAGCCUAAAAGGUAGCAAGAUUGAGAUGUCAGCACUUCAGGACUACUUUAAUGGCAAAAACGGAGCUGGAGUCUUACAAUCUGCCUCAUCUUUAGCUGAAUAGGUAAUUUGCAACCAUUACAGACAAACUUUCAUUCGAUAAUUGGUGUGUGUUAGAAAUUAGCAUUCUUGAACCAGUCUUUUAUGAUUGUCUCGUUCAGGGAAGCAGAAUGUUGAGAGCCUGAAAAAGGAUUUUUGUUAGGAUUUUGUGCUAGCUUUGUUGGUGGGGAUUUCAUUUAAAGAUUGUUGCUGAACCUGAACUCAAACGAGUAGCUGCAUGAUGCCAAUAUGUGCUGCUGCUGCCACCCAAGUUUGUCAGAACAGGUCAUCAAUUUUAACUUGUAAUCUUCUCUAUUAUAACAUUUAUAGGCUUAUAGCUAUAUUUUGUAUUCAGCUUUUCGCUUCUCUGCAGGAAGGAAUUAGGAACAAAAUUUUGUUUUGAAUUUCCUGGGUUUGUAUCACCUAAAGCUGUAUUUCUCUAGGACUGCCUGUCAUGUUUAGCUUUGUUCUGGUGUGAAUCUGAUGAACAUGUUAUUUUAUGUUAACAUAGAUGCUGUUCGGCUGUGUUUCUUGAUGCACUCGUUUUCAGUUGGUUUACAUAUCUCAUUUAUGAACUGGGGGCUCUGAAAACAGUUAGAAUGAUGCUGUCCAUACAUUUGCCUUUAAAAUCCUAACAAACACUGGAGCCAUUUGACUAGAAUAUCUGUCUUAUUCACAAUAGUGGGAAUUUUUGUUUCUACACCUAACAUUUGCCAUGACAUUCUAGAGAGGCUAGCUUUCUAAAUCUGCCUCCGAGCAAUGUAAAUCCGAGUUUUAUCUUCAUUUCGCCUUCCACGGGGUUUCUCAAUCUGUCCUUUUAAAGUCUAAAUCUUCUAUAGUUGCAUUCACGCUUUCUUUCGAGUUUCCUCGUCAUGAUCUGCCUUUUCAUGAGAACCAAUGUUAUUAAUGUGCAGGUCCACAUCAAGAAGGUUCUGCAACUUAAGGUCUGCUAGGACUGUAGUUUUUUAGUGGUUGUUUGUUAGCAUCCUCUGUGGUGAUUUUACUGUGCUGAGAGAACUUUUAGAUGAAUGAUGAUGAAUCAGACUUCCCUUCCUCAUUUUCUAGGAAAGAACUGUGUAAGAAAAACAAGUGCUUCUUCUUUAUGAAAAUUUGUUGAAGCUUUUUUGUUGCUUUGUAAUUACAGAGGUCAAGCCGAACCUAACUCAACUAAGGUUACCUAGACUUUUGGAAGACUUGGAUAUGACACUGAGUCUUCCCCUUAGAAAAAUGGGAAAGAAUGUGACAUUGAUGAGUUAGUUCUCUUGUUUUUUCUGGGG